UAGCUAGGGCGUAGAACCCUUAAACAGCAAGGAAGAGGAAUUUAAGAGAGAAGUUAAAUACUAGGGCACAUCUCAGCCUGGGCACUUUGAGCAGUUUGAUUACUCAGGCGACAUGAAGGUACUCUUUCUUCUGGGGUUCAUCUUCCUCUCCAUGACAGUCCAUGGUAGGAAGCUAGAAAGAUGUGACUUUGCGAGAAGAAUAAAGCCAUACCUGGAUGGGUACCAUGGUAUCAGCCUGGCUAACUGGGUGUGCUUGGCACGGUGGGAGAGCAAUUUUAACACCAAAGCUACAAACUACAACCCUAGAGAUCAAAGCACUGAUUAUGGGAUAUUUCAGAUCAACAGUCACUACUGGUGCAAUGAUGGCAAGACACCAAACUCAUUCAAUAAGUGUGGAGUCCAUUGCUCAGAAGUUCAGGACGAUACCCUUGAUAAAGCAAUACAGUGUGCAAAGAAGAUCGUAGAUGAACAAGGCAUUGGUGCAUGGGUGGCCUGGCGAAACAAGUGCAAAGGAAAAGAUGUUUCCAAAUAUCUCGAAGGUUGCAAUCUGUAACCUGCUACCUUUAGCUGAACUCAUCGUGAUUCCUGUGCCUAUAAAGGAGCUUUUUCAAAUCAAAUAUUAAAUUUUUCUCUCUUAAGUGAUCAUUUUCUCAAAUAAAAUCGGGAUACUUGAAGCAA